AUGUCUCUACUACUCUGCCUGUUGAUUAUGGCAUCUAUUAACGGUAAUGACUUGAGUAUUGAGGAAGUGGGGAGUGAUGUAUCACGUAUCUCUGGCGGAACAAGAGGUUCCGGAGUUACAAUUGGCAUCCACCGUGGGGCAGGGAACGUUGCCUUCGAGGAUGUGCAACUACCCUGCCCCGUUCCCGACACCAUGGUAUCGGCUAUCAUUACUAGGACGGGUCAUGGGCAAGACAUCGCUGAUGACUAUGAGGAAGAGGAGAGCCACGACAACGGCACCGAGUCUGAUGAUGGCCCUGACGAAGAUGACAAAGCCUCGAAGAGGGAUGAUCAUGAGAGAUAUCGGAGCCGUCGGUCUACUCCCCUGUCAUCGGAUAUCUUGCUACCACCGCUAGGUGUGGCGAAUCACACUAAGCGCAACUUGGCGGCCAUUGAUGCGUUGAUGGCCGAGGCCGACCCUCGUGCUGGGGAUGCGAACUUGUCCUUACCUCGCCUAGAGGGUGCUCUAAUGAUGA